AUGAGGCUUGGCCGGAGGGCGGGCGUCGUGCGGAGAGCGUGUGGCGAGGGAGCUCCUAGGAGUCCCACGCUGCUGAUGAGGAGCAGCGAUGCCAAGGGGCAGACUGCCUGGCACGGUCACAGCGUCAGGCUGAACGAGCAGAACGCGGUCCCUGCGUUUGGCGAAGAAAAUGAGAAGCACGAGAAGCUCCGCCUAGAGAGGGAGCAGGAGCAGAAGAAGGCCAGUGUGCAGAGGGUUAACCAUGCCCUUCCCGUGGAGGAGCCCAGGAACGAAAUGCUGGCAGUGCCCAUCUCGCCCCCUGCUCCAGCCCCUCCGCCGCCUCCGCCCCUAGCAGCUCCCAUCUCCGUCAUUCCCAUUCCCGUGGUCACCAGCCCGCCUCAGCAAGCAGCACAGACCACCCUGUCCCCUCCGCUCGUCCACCGGCACCAGCCUCUCCUCGGCGCCCUCAAGCUGGCCCCGGCGGAGGACGUCAAACCCAACGAGCAGAAGAAGAGGCCUGGAGGGGUUGGGACCAGGGAAGUACAUAAUAAAUUGGAGAAGAACAGACGUGCGCAUUUGAAAGAAUGCUUUGAGACGUUAAAACGCAACAUCCCCAACGUGGAUGACAAGAAGACCUCAAACCUCAGCGUUCUAAGGAGUGCCUUGCGAUACAUCCAGACUUUAAAGAGAAAAGAAAAAGAAUAUGAGCAUGAAAUGGAGCGGCUAGCGAGAGAGAAGAUUGCAACCCAGCAGCGGCUGGCGGAACUGAAGAACGAGCUGAGCCAGUGGAUGGACGUCUUGGAGAUUGACAGGAUUAUUCGGCAGACAGUUCAGCCAGAGGAUGACCAAGCAUCUACCUCGACAGCAUCAGAGGGUGAAGACAACAUUGAUGAAGACAUGGAAGAUGACAGGCCAGUGAACUCAUUACCAAAAUUAACACAGCGUCAGCACCCAGAGCUGCUGAAAGCCGUCCCUCCAAAUGCUACUUCACAUCACCCAGCAGUUUUGCCUCAGCACCUCUCUAUACAGCAGAAACAGCCCCCCGCCCACGCACAGCCUCCCAUGCAGACACAAGCACUGGUCCAGCCGCAGGCGAUUGUCCCAGCACAGACUCAUAUCGUGGCGGCUUCCACAGUGCAAUCGACUGUUAUUGCCCACACCGCCACUACCCACGCCUCGGUCAUCCAGACUGUCAACCACGUGAUUCAGGGUCCACAGACCAAGCACAUUGCUCACAUUGCACCUUCCACGUCCAGCCCUGUGCAACUCACCACUGCUGCUCAGCCCAUCGGCCACAUCACUGUGCACCCAGCCACCAUCAACCACAUGGCUCACCUGGGCCAGCAGCUGCCCCUCUACCCGCAGCCCGUGGCCGUCAGCCAGCCCGUCGUGAGCCACAUCGCUCACACGAUUUCUCACCAGCAAGUGAACGGAACCACGAGUCUGGGCCAGCCGGCGGUGAUGGCCAAACCUGCCGUAGGAACCCAGGUCGUGCAUCACCCGCAGUUAGUUGGGCAGACAGUGCUAAACCCGGUGACUAUGGUAACCAUGCCGUCGUUCCCCGUGAGCACGCUGAAGCUGGCCUAG